UCUUAAUCAUAAAUUGUCACAAGUCACUGCACUCUCAGCUCAUUUUCCCCCCAAAAGUUGAAUUAUUCUCUGAUCUUCCCCCUAAUUAUAUUCUCCAUUCAAUAUGGCAGCCCAAACUCCACUUGUACCCAGAGAAUAAUUUCACAACCAACAAUGAUGCUCACAUCACUAAGCACCCAGUCUGUUGAUGAGAGUAUAAUCAGAGAACAAGUUUUAUCCACUCACAAUUAUGAUGGUAGAGAAUUCAACACCAACUUCAUAUUGAACAUGGCAAAAAAUACUCUUAAUCUCGGGACGGGUACUGCUCAAAAGGUCAUGGUGAAGGAGUUGAAUCAACUAGAAGAGCUUGAUACUUAUCAGGACCUUCCACUUCAUUUCAGACAACUUUCAUUCGAGAUAGCUUCCGGUGCAAUUGCAAAAAAUCAACACUACUUCACCACUAUUCAUCAUCUACUGAGCAUUCUAUCUCCUUAUUCUUGGGAGGAAAAGUUAGUCCUUAUGCUUGCAGCUUUCUCCAUCAUCCAUGGAGAAUUUAGCCUUAUUUCACAGACUGUGCAGUUGGUACAUCUGAAACAAAGUAGCCAUUGUCCAAUUCCAAUACCAUCCUCCGACAACAGCUGAGGAUUGGUGCAUAAGUUCAGCCAUAGAACUCACCAAAUGUGUGCGUGGUUCGAGAAUUCCUUUGCAAGGUAUGUGAAGUUGCCUCCAAAACCCAAAUAAACUUUGCGUUUGCCUACAUGUUAGGAGUAAUCAUUAAUAAAGAAAGAACGAGUCAUUGCCCAUUGCAUGAUUCUUAUAGACUAUGUUGGUUUUGUACUCGUCUUUGAAGUAUGUUUUUGUCAAGAAUUCAAUAUUUAGAGAUGACUAAUCACCUUAUUCAAGAAUACACCAAUGGUGAAAUUUUGUAAGGACUCAAAAAAUUAUUAGUCUAUGAAAGCAAGAAUGUGACAAUCAAUUGAAGGAUGGGCCUCGUUAAGCAAAGGACCAGAAGUGGUUGGAUGUGGACAUGAAAGUAAAAUGUUGCAAACGAUGAAUGACUACGAGAACAAAGCCACCAAAAGUUUUGGACAUGCUUUCAAAGGCCACUAUGAGAUGUUUUCCAAGAAUAAACAUUCUUAUUGUACUUUGAAUAUCCAAUUACCUUGAGCAAAAUUUUUGAAAAUAAAAUAUGUCCUAAAUGCUCUAUGCAGAAAUUUUUAACUUUGUUGGCAUGGUGAUGAUGUUGAUUAUGAUGGAGAUGAGUAGUACUUCAUGGUGUAUUUGAUUUUUAUAAAAUUUUAUUGAACUUUUUUUUUGAAUA